GUGGACAGAUCUGAGAGGGGAGGAGUCGGGCACAGCGAGUCCAGUUUAGGACAGACUGAAGGGCAAACGAGCAGGAAGGAGAAGAGAACAAAACUAGUGUGGAGCUUUCUAGAAGAAAAAACAAAAGGUUUCAAAGAAUAUUGAUUACUGCCUGAAGAACAAUGUCUGUGGCUCCGGCUGCCUUGGCUGCUCGACGGGUGCUCGCCGCCGCGUCACACUCCAGCCACGAGGGAGGAGCGAGAACCUGGAAGAUCCUGACCUUCGUGCUGGCCUUACCUGGCGUCGCCGUCUGCGUUGCCAACGCCUACAUGAAGAUGCAGGCACACUCCCACGAAGCCCCAGAAUUUGUGCCAUACCCUCACCUGCGUAUCCGCACCAAGAAGUUCCCCUGGGGUGACGGCAACCACUCGCUGUUCCACAACGCGCACGCCAACGCUCUGCCCGGCGGCUACGAGGAGUCCCACCACUGAGAGGACGGGCCGGGCUCCUCAGCCGGCCUUUAACUGCUCGCAUCAGACUGCGGCGAACUUUGGCUCAACUCAAGCGAACGAGGGGCCACCUAGACAGCAAUAAAACCACUUUGUGCCGCGUUG